AUGGCUUCCUGCAUGCUUCGUCUUGCCCUGGUCCUGUCGACCAUUGCUGCAGCCGUGGUCCAUGGUCACGUCCUGAGUGCUACGCUUAACAAAGCCCUUGCUGGAGAAUGGGUUGCACUGGAAGGAGCCAAGAAUGAAUCGAUGGUUAAAGUUAUAAGAGUCCGGGACAUCAUUCCACCCGAAGCGGAUCAUUUUAUCACAUUUGAAAUGGCUGAGCAGUACUGUAAGAAUCAAAGCUCUCACCUAGUGUCAAUUCACAACAAGGACGAGGAGAAUUUCAUCACAGGUCCAGGAUCUUCUUACUAA